CUUUUCACAGAGGAACUCUUCACUAAAUCCUUAAUGACAUGUGGAGUCAUAAAUAUCUAACCUGAGAUGCUUUGCUCCUGAUUCACAGGACUCAGACUCGUGUCCAGCUCCAACACACCCAGGGCAGUUUUUAAUAAAGUUGUGUUCAAGCUAAGGACAGGGGAGUUAAGCUGGUCUUCAAAUGCAGUCAUUGAGACAAGUUUAAGUGGUCGGUAACAGGUGUAAAAACACUUUGAAUUCAAAAGGAUUACUUCUCAAGAAAGAUAGAAAAAUGCACUGUUAUUUCAUGACCGUAACAUACUGGACAAACAUCAGUCAAACAAUGGCUUACAGUAGAGGUGUAAACAUGUUUUUCCAGUUCAGGAACAAACUGAAGUAAAAAUAAAUUCAGGAUUAGGUAUUAUGUGUUAUUAUGUUUUAAAUUAUUAUUAUGUCUACAGAAGCUCAUCAUCAGGAUGACAGGGCUGAUCUGAGGACAGCAGCUGUUUUCCCCUGCAAACCAACCAGUGCUCAUCAGUGUGAGCUGUGAUCCAUCACUUCUCCUCCGCCUGCUCCACAAGAGGCAUCAACAGAUUACUGCUAAUCUCAUGUACGGCAACUAAUCUGACUCUGCUGUGUGGCUGUAGUCCAGCCCCAGUGGCAAUGAUACACACACACACACACACACACACAUUCAUACAUAAAUAACAAUAUAUAUAUAUAUUUAUCGUUAUAUAUAUCCCAAAACUUUAUAUCUGUCUGCCAAAGUUUUUAUUUUGUGCAAAACAAUCAAAGGAUUUCUCUUAUUGACUCAAUGUUAUUAGUAUUAAAUGAAAAAGAAAUCUGUGUGUACCUUUAUGUUUUUAACUGAUUUAAUCACGCUGUUACAGUUUAAUAUUGACUGACAUAGGAAACUAUAUCAUGGGGGUGUAAUCUUCCCUUUCCCUGGUAGACAGCUUGGAUUCUGAGUCCUUAUUUAUAUUCCUUCCCAGUCUGAGUAAAUCCUCUUAGAGCGUGUGCUGCUAAAGGGAGACAUCAGACUCCACCUGCAGCUUUCAGAAAGGAGCAGCCCCCCCCCCCCCUCCUCUCUCCUCCCUCUUUCACCUGCUGGGAGGUGGUGCACUGUGGAUGAACAGACGCCGUUGCUCCAUGGCAGAGGAUGAGUUUGUCUCUGGAAAAGCAGGAGUGGAAUGAGUUCUGCUGUGUCUUACGUGAGAGGAUUUAACGCAAUAACAGUGUGAUCUCUGCGUCUGAAUCCCGUGCCCAGCAGUCUCCUGUUUGAUUGAACGUAGGAAGAAGUGACCAGGAGCAGCAUGAGACCGACACAGAGCUCACCCUGACUCGUCUUCAUCACUCACAUUCAGGAUGAUGGACACCCAGGAUCAGACAUGUUCUGCGGGAACAGGGCUGCUGUCAAGGUUGUCCCGCAUGAGGCACUGGGGGAGGAGCAGUGUCGGCCCUGCGGAGUCCAGCACCGAGGGCGACAAGAGGAGCAGGAGCAGCCGCUUGCCUCUUGCUGCACACAACACAAACAACUGCAACAACAAGGAUGGCAAAAAAGAUGAGAAGAAGGAUGAGAAGAAGGAUGAGAAGAAGGACGACAAGAAAGACGACAAGAAAGACGACAAGAAGAAGGAAGAGCCAAAGAAGGAGGUUUGGAUCAUGGACCCUGCCACAGAUAUUUACUACUACUGGCUGAGCCUGAUCUCCAUCCCAGUGUUCUACAACCUGAUGCUGCUGGUGGCCAGGUCUUGUUUUAAUGAACUUCAGUCUGCUAACACAACACUGUGGUUGGUUUUGGACUACAGCUCAGACGUCCUGUACUUAGCCGACACGUUUGUGAGAUCCAGAACAGGUUUUCUGGAGCAAGGCCUGCUCGUAAGGGACGAAAAGACCCUGAAAGAGAAGUACAUAAAGACAAGGCAGUUCAGAUUAGAUGUAAUGUCGUUAAUUCCCACUGACUUUAUUUUCCUGAAAAUUGGACUCAACAACCCCGAGUGGAGGUUCAACCGUCUCUUUCGGUUGGCCCGACUUUUUGAGUUCUUCGAUCGGACUGAGACGCGAACCAACUUCCCCAAUAUAUUCCGUAUUGGCAAUCUUGUGCUUUACAUCCUCAUCAUCAUCCACUGGAACGCUUGCCUCUACUUUGCCUUCUCCAAGGUUCUCGGCUUUGGCUCAGACACCUGGGUGUAUCCAUCCCUGGAGAAACCAGAGUUUGGACGUCUGGCAAGACAGUACGUCUACUGCUUUUACUGGUCCACUCUUACGUUGACCACUAUCGGGGAGACGCCGCCCCCAGUCCGAGAUGUCGAAUACUUCUUUGUAGUGUGUGACUUCCUCACUGGGGUUCUGAUCUUUGCCACCAUUGUAGGAAAUGUCGGUGCUAUGAUUUCUAACAUGAACGCCGCACGUGUAGAGUUCCAGGCUAAGAUUGACUCCAUCAAGCAGUACAUGCAGUUCCGGAAGGUCACCAAGGACCUGGAGGUGAGGGUGGUGAAGUGGUUUGACUACCUGUGGACGGAGGAGAAAACCUGUGAUGAAAAGCAAGUGCUGAAGAACCUGCCGGACAAGCUGAAGGCGGAGAUAGCCAUCAACGUGCAUCUGGAGACCCUACAAAAAGUGCGCAUCUUUCAGGACUGUGAAGCAGGGUUGCUUAUCGAGCUGGUCCUCAAGCUUCAGCCUCAGGUUUUCAGUCCUGGUGAUUUCAUCUGUAAGAAGGGGGACAUUGGCAGGGAAAUGUACAUCAUCAAAGAAGGAAAACUGGCCGUGGUAGCAGACGACGGGGUUACCCAGUUCGUGGUUCUCAGUGACGGGGCAUACUUUGGAGAAAUUAGCAUUUUAGGGAUCAAGGGCAGUAAGGCGGGAAACCGAAGAACCGCCAACAUCCGAAGUGUGGGCUACUCAGAUUUGUUUGCCCUGUCCAAAGACGAUCUUAUGGAGGCGCUCACCGAGUACCCUGAUGCUAAAAACGCCCUUGAGGAAAAGGGCAGGUCCAUCCUGAUGAAGGAUAAUCUCAUCGACGAGUCCAUGGUCACUGCUUCUGAUGCCAAAGACUUGGAGGACAAAGUCAACAAGAUCGAAUCCACUAUGGACGUCAUGAGCGUCAAAUUCCGAAAGCUGUCAGACCAGUAUGAAUCCUCCCAGCGUAAACUCAAACAGCGGCUCAGUAAUAUUUCAAACCAGGUCCGAACCCUCAGGAUAGACGAGUAGAGCUCGGAGGGACUCCUUCCAUUGUCUGCCAAGGUCUACCAAUGAAGGACACCUAGUACACACCAAUCAUCACUGGAUUCAUUUUGUACAUGAUAAGUAAAUUAUACUUUAUAUUACAGGGUAACAACAAAUAUAAAAUAAGGUAUUGUUCUGAUCUCAGAACAUAAAUUUGUCAUUUGAUUUGCACUGGCAAUAAAUGUUUAAAAAAAAUUCAAGUAUGUAUUCAUGUGAGCAUAUAAAGCAAUCUGUUACAUAACCAGUACUUUCAGCACCACUUUGCCUAGAUUGGUCAUAAAAUGCAGUUCUCUUCAGCGCAUCUGUUCCAAGUUUGACAAGAACGCUGUAAAAAUGUUCAACCAUGAAAAAUGUAUUGUGCAUUCAGUUUUUAAAAGUGACACUUUUAAAUAAGAGUAUAAGAUGGGUCUGUUUUUCAAGACCAGUUUGGAAUUAAUAGACAUUCUUGAGACUCAGAUUGUACCUACAUUUUCAAAUGAUCAUAAUAAAAUUUGAAU